CAGAAUCUCACCAGACUCGCCCGCAUCCGAGACAACCAGCGCAGGAGUCGGGCGCAGAAGCAAACACACACGCGCGAGCUGGAGCAGAAGUUGGCGACGGUACAGGAACAAGCCCGUUGCAGAGACGUGGAACAGAGAUUGGCUGUCCAGAAGCUGGAGGCGGAGAAUAGAAAGCUGAGAUGUCUGCUGUCUCGCAUGGGUCUACCGCUAGAUGCCAUUGAAGAGUAUUUGCAGGCUGUCGAUAACCCGAACGUAGCUCAGAAACUGGCCAUUCCGAGUAUUCACCGCCGCUCGGAGGGGCAUUCUCAGGAGCAAGAGAUGCAUGCGUGUUCGUCGAGGGAAGGCACGAUCAAUGCUAUCUCGAACUCACGACACUUUGGGAUUUCAAGUACGAGACAUGAAGCGGAAACCACUGCACGAUCUUCCCUAGAGACUUCACUUCACAACGAGCCACCAUCUGAUGGACCCGGACCGGGAGAACAAUCCGUAUGUGGCUGCACGCCUAACGAAGACACAGCAACGUGGCCCACAAACGAGGACGUCUUGAACACCACUCUCUGCGCAAUUGCAGAUGAGCUAAUCAGCCAAUACAACACACGCGGGGUGGAUAUGGCUGAGAUCCGCCGGAAACUCUGGGCUGGGUUUUCCAAAGGCUUGACUACGGAUGAAGGAUGCAGAGUGCAGAACCAGAUCCUGUUCCAAGUUCUGGAUGAGAUCAGCAACAACUAA